AUGCUCGACGAUAACCUCCCCACGUUUCGACUCCGGCAAUCCUCCGACAACCCCCAGAACACCCUGCUCUACUUCACGCACAACGGAUCCGAGCCCUCGCCCGAAUACCUGCUGAAGCGACCGCUGCCGUCCGAGUCCCGGAACCAGUACGCCCUCGGCCUGCUCGACGUGAAUCACCCCUCUGUGAUAUACGCCGAAGUUCUGCUCCAGCCCGAAUGGACCCAGCCGAGUCUGUCGGCUGCCGAGCUACGGGCCCAGAAUGGCGUUUCGACGCCCCUCCCCAUGACGCCGGAGGCUUUCAACGUGCUGCUGUAUAAUCCGGACCAGAGCAUCGCCGUCAAGCGAAACCAUGGCAGCUGGAGCAAGUCCAACACGUGGGACUUUGAGGUCCCCGAGCGGAGCUUCAAGGUGCCCAGCUCGAGCCAGAUCGAUAGGGACACCACGCCUGCCAUUCCGGAGCUGGCCCCCAAGGUGGUGUUUCGGUGGAAAAAGGACGGCCGCCUGAGCAAAGACAUGACUUGUUACAUGUCUGGGAGAAGUGUGGGCGGGAAGAAGAGCAAGGAGCCCGACAUCACGAUUGCCAUGUUCCAGGCGGGAAAGAAUGAGAGCGCCGUGACGAUUUACGAACCCAACAUGGCUCGUGUCGAGGUCGAGGACCGCAAAGGCCUCGAAGUCGCCCUGAUACUGAGCGCCGAAGUCAUCCGCGACCUGUAUCUCGUCCCGCGGCAGGACCCGUUCAACACGGCAGGCGGACCGGGGCCAUCUGCUCCAAAGACGUCGAGGCCAUCGGCGUCGCCGCCGCAACAGAUGCCCAUGGCGUCUGGGGCUCUGGGCCCCGGAGUCUCCCCCGCCGGUCCAGGAGCCAGCCCUUCGGCCCUGCAAUCAAGUGUCGACGCCGAGACGAGACGUCUGCAAGCCAUGGUGGCGGAGGAAACGCGCCAGACACGAGAGCGCGAGAAACGAGACGAGGAGGAGCAGAAGAGGAUCCGAAAGAUGCUUGAGCAAGAGGAAAAGGAGCGUCGCAGACGCGAGGCCGAGGUCGAAAAGGAGACGGAGCGUCUGCGCAAGCAAUACGGCGUCCCGGCACCCCCCAACGGAGGACCGCCCGGCUCUUCGCCAGCGCUUCCUCCACGGCCCGGUCAAAAUCAGUACUACGCCUCGGGCGGUCUGGGCUCGGGACAACCGCCCAUGCCCCCGCGUCCCAAUAGCGUGGGACCUCCGCCGCAGCCGGAAUCGUCGAAUGCCGGUGGCAGGAGGAAGCAUUCGGGUCCAUUUGGGGGAAGCGUCAGCGGGCUCUUCCAUAGAUCUGACGAGGACAGGCGGAACAAGGUGGAGAAGAAGAGGAGUGUGCACUUCUGA